AUGCCAUCUCACAUUCAUACACUUUAUGCUGCACUUGUACUUAGUAAAAAAGCAAAUGCACGAAUUAAAAAUAUUGAUAUUGAGGAGGCUUCAAAAGUUGCAGGAUUUGUAUCGUUUGUCAGUUAUACUGAUGUACCAGGUUCGAAUCAGUUAGAUGAAUUUUUACCUGGUGAAGAAGUAUUCGUAUCAUCGAUAGCACUUUGUAUUGGUGCUAUUAUUGGCAUUAUUGUUUGUGAAUCUGAACAUGCAGCUAGACUAGCUGCAAAUGCUAUUAUUUAUCAAUCUUAUUUUGGUGAUGAAAUAUCUCUUCAGCAAGGUGAUGUUGACGAUGUCUUUCAAAAUGCUGAACAUAUUUUAGAAGAUACAUUAUACAUUGGUGGUCAAGAACAUUUUUAUAUGAAAACAAAUUCUUUUAUGGUUAUACCGUCAAAUGAUGAUAAAGAAAUAAAUAUAUAUACAGGAACACAAAACCCUACUGGUACUCAAGAAUUAAUAGCAUUUGUUCUUGGACGAAAUGUUUAUCAUAUAACAUGCCAUGUUAAAAGAAUUGGUGGAGCAUUUAGGUGGCAAAGGAACAAGACCAUAAUAAUGAUUUUGUUUCAUUUUACUAUUCCUCUCUGUGCUGCUGUUGCAGUAGCUGCUGUUAAAAUUGCGCGUCCUAUUCAUCUCAAUCCUGAUCAUUCUGUCGAUAUGUCAAUAAGUGGACAUCGGCAUCCAUUUAAAAUUAAACAUAAAGUAGCAUUUACUAAUGAAGGUCGCUUUUUAGGAUUUGAUAUUCAAAUGUGGAAUAAUGCUGGUUGUACGUUAGAUUUAUCAAAAAGUAUUAUGGAAUGUGCUAUGCUUCAUAUGGGGAAUUCAUAUAAAUUUUCUAAUAUUCGAAUUCGUGGUCGUGUUUGUAAAACACAUUUACCAUCAAACACUGGUUUGUUACAAAAUUUAUUUCAGAUCAAUAAAACGUUUUUUUUUCCUAAUUUCAGGUUGCCGUGGUUAUGGUGGACCGAAGCUGUGCUAGCAUGUGAAACAAUAGUAGAAAAUAUUGCUGUAUAUCUAAAAUGUGAUCCAUUUACUAUUCGUUGUUUGAAUUUGUUCAAAGAAGGUGAUAUAACUCAUUAUGGCCAAAUUUUAGAAAACUGGAAUGUUCCACGAAUUUUGGAUGAACUUAAGAAAUCAAGUGACUUUAUUCAAAGACAACAGAAUGUUGAAGAAUUUAAUCAAAAAAAUAAAUAUCGAAAACGUGGUGUUAGUAUGAUACCAGUUAAAUUUGGCAUCGGUUUUGAAAUUCAACAUUAUAAUCAGGCAGGAGCCUUUGUUCAUGUUUAUAAAGAUGGUUCAGUUGUAAUUAGUCAUGGCGGUGUAGAAAUCGGUCAAGGAUUACAUACAAAAAUGAUAGCAAUAGUUGCUGAAGUAUUAGAUUGCAGUGUUGAUCAAAUACGAAUUAGUGAAACAGCGACAGAUAAAAUUCAUAAUACAACUCCGACAGGUACAUCAACUUCAUCAGAUCUUAAUGGAAUGGCUGAAAAUCUUGUAAAACAAGCUUAUUUUGCUCUUAUUGAUUUAUUUGCACGUGGAUUCUAUAUAACACCGAAUAUGUUCAGUGCUGAUUUUACAAAUAAUAAAGUUAAUUACAAUUAUUUUACACAAGGAGCAGCGGAUGUCGGAACAUUACUCAAUCCACAAAUUGAUAUUGGUCAAAUUGAAGGCGAUUUCAUACAAGGAGUUGGACUUUUUACUAUGGAAGAACUUAUCCGGGGUGAUAAAAAAUUCAAUAAAUGGAUUCCAUCAGGACAAUUAUACACUUGUGGAGUUGAUACUUACAAGAUUCCAUCGUUUAGUGAUGUUCCGAUUGAUUUUCGUGUUUCAUUAUUAUCUAAUUCAUUAAAUCCGCGAGCCAUCUAUUCUUCGAAAGGUAUUGGUGAACCGUCAAUUUUACUUGCUGCAUCAGCUUUUGUUGCUUUAAAACAAGCGUGUCAAGUCUAUCGAGAACAACAAAGUUUAUCAGGCUAUUUUUCACUUCAUUCACCAGCAACUGUCGAACGUCUUCGAAUGGCUUGUGUCGAUGAAUUUACUCGUCGUGUCUGUCCUGAUGAAUAUGAAACAGUUCUGUCAAGAGGGUCAUAUUAA